AUGAAAAGUUUGAACGCGCUGCGUAUGGGAGUUUCGUCACCAAAUGACAUGGACGAAGAACAGCCUUUCAAUCCAAGCCUGAAAGAAGAAGUAAGAAAACGUCAGAAUUCGAAUCAAGAUUCCCGAGGGAGCAAUUCGUCCAGGACGUCUAGAAAAAGCUUCCGGUUGGAUUAUCGGCUGGAGGAAGAUGUAACCAAGUCGAAGAAAAGCAAAGAUGGAAGAUUUAUGAACCCCUGGCCGACGUGGAGACCAGUGACCAUUCCAAAUAUCUUGAGGUGGUAUUUUACAGAAAAAGACCACAGUAAAGUCCCAAGUUCAAAACAGGUCCUUGACAUGCACCUUCCGGUGUUAACCCCUUAUUUUGUCCAAAACCCUGAACGGUUCGGGAAGACCGGAAGUGGUUUGCGAGUCACGUGGCUCGGACACGCCUCGGUGAUGGUCGAAAUGGAUGACGUGACCUUUCUUACUGAUCCCAUCUUCAGCCAACGGGCUUCCCCGGUGCAGUUUAUGGGCUCUAAACGUUUCCGGGGUCCUCCGUGCACCAUCGACCAACUGCCCAAAAUAGACGCCGUUUUGAUCAGCCAUAACCAUUACGACCACCUGGAUUACUCCACCGUCCUGGGUUUGAACGCACGCUUUGGCAGUGAACUCAGAUGGUUCGUGCCGCUGGGCCUGUUGGACUGGAUGCAGAGUUGUGGCUGCGAGAAUGUCAUCGAACUGGACUGGUGGGGAGAAAAUUGCAUUCCGGGCCACGACGCCGUCACCUUUGUUUUCACGCCCGCUCAACACUGGUGCAGAAGGACUGCCAGAGAUGAAAACAAAGUUCUCUGGGGGAGCUGGUCUGUUCUGGGUCCCUGGAACCGGUUCUUUUUCGCCGGAGACACCGGUUAUUGCGUCGCCUUCGAGGAAAUUGGGAAACGGUUCGGGCCGUUCGAUUUGGCAGCGAUUCCCAUCGGCGCCUACGAACCAAGAGUCACCUGA